AGCUCAGCGAGGGCAGCGCGGCGCGUCUAAGCUUUGCCACCGCCGGCCGCCCCGCGCCCCCAAAUCCGGCUGGCGCGGGGUCCGAACCCCCGCCCUGUCGCCAGCCCCACGGGGGACGUGCUGCUGACUCGCGCCUGCGACUCGAUAGCAGGGCACACCCGGAGAGGACACGGAGCCAUGAGCCGCCUGCCCCGGAGGGUGGCGGCGCUGCUGCUCGGGCUGCUCGUGGAGUGCACAGAGGCCAAAAAACAUUGCUGGUAUUUUGAAGGACUCUAUCCAACAUAUUAUAUAUGCCGCCCCUACGAGGACUGCUGUGGUUCCAGGUGCUGCGUGCGGGCCCUCUCCAUACAGAGGCUGUGGUAUUUUUGGUUCCUCCUGAUGAUGGGCGUGCUCUUCUGCUGCGGAGCUGGCUUCUUUAUCCGGAGGCGCAUGUACCCCCCGCCGCUGAUCGAGGAGCCUGCGUUCAACGUGUCCUACACGAGGCAGCCCCCGAACCCCGCGCCAGAUUUCCCAGAUCUGACACAGGCCAGGUUUGCGACAUCUUACGCAGGAGCCCAGCAGCCGGGGCUGCCGUAUUACACCGACCCUGGAGGACCAGGGAUGAAUCCUGCUGGAAAUCCCAUGGCGAUGGCUUUCCAGGUCCAACCCAGCUCACCCCAGGGAAGCACAGCCUACCCUCCGCCCCCCUCUUACUGCAAUACGCCCCCGCCCCCAUAUGAACAGGUGGUGAAGGCCAAGUAGCAGGGGGCACGGCCUGUGCGACCUCACAGGGGAACAGGGAGGGGCGCUUUCACCCCACCUCUCUGUCCCCAUCGAUGUUCGCUUCCAGGAAUUGUCUUCUGAGCCACUAAGGGCAAAUUCCUCAUUGAUAUCUUCAAAGCAAGCACAGCUCCCUUUCAAGUUUUCUGUGGAGAACCAGUAUUUGAAUUUAUCCUGUGUCUCCUCUGUUGCUUCUGUUUCUGACGUAAUCUGAGCUCUGGCAGCGUGUGGACAGUCCCCAAGGGUUGACACCCAAGAUCCUCGGGAGAGAGACUAAGGAGAAGGAGCCACAGCAGGGCCCAUGUGUGUAGGCGGAGCACAAGGAGGGGCUGUUCUGGCCUAGGCAGCUUCCUCCCAGGCACACAGCAGUCAGCUCACAGAAGUGAGGGCCCGCGGGGUCCACUCUUGGAGCCCCACGUGUCCUGUCAGUCUUCCUCUUCAAGAAGCUGUUAGACUCCGGUGUGGGAGAAGCUUCAUAGCACUUUCUAUGUCCAUUCACUUCCUAGAGAUGAGAGCGGCAUCCCUUCUGCAAAGCCAGGGCUGGGAGAAGACUGUGUACAUCAUCGAGGAGAUGAGGAUCCAGGUUAGGUCAGGUUGGAUGUCUACAGUUACCUGAAAAUCACUAAGGAAAGUUACUUAAAUUUGUGGGAAAUUGAUUUCCUGCGUCAAACUGAGAUAUUGCAUUUUAUGAACUCUUGGUCUGACUUGGCAGAAAUAAAAUGUUUCCCCCCCUUUUUAGUGAGUUUGUGGAAGCUCAUGUAGAGUCCCGUCCUUGAAAGUCAGACUCAGAGUGUCUUCUCUGAACGUCAGCAGCUGUCUGGCCUUGGUGCCUGACCAGAGGUCUCCACGCCCUUCCCUGUGGCAGCCCUGGUGGUGGUUGUGAUGGACACUUUCAAAGCGGAGAGGCACAUCUGGCUGGGAAGUCACAUCAGCCCCUUGGGGAGAGUGUCCUGGCAGGGUCCGGCCAACGGUUUUGACGGGCAGCCAGUGGUUUGAUCUCAGCAAGGUGUGUGUGUGUGUGUGUGUGUGUGUGUGUGUGUGUGUGUGUGUGUGUGUGUGUGUGUGUGUGUCAGCCUCUGAAGAGGAAAAGCUUGCUGAAAAAAAGACAGGAAUGCAAAAUCCCAGGACUGCCAGAAGAUCUCUUCAAAAAGUACUGAAUAGGAUUCACUGACAACGUAAUCAAAAUUAGAAUCAAAGAUGUGGUUGGAAAUGCAAACCCUGGCUAAGAAACAUGUGUCACCCUGGGAUCUAACAAGUAGUCACUGGGUUAUAAGGAAGUUCUGUUCCUCUGCAGCAAAUAAUGCUGGUGGUGCAUUUAAACCCAGAUUGAGAUCUGACCAGUUGUGUAUAGGAAGACAAAGCAACGUAGCCAAGAUGGGUAGAUCUCCUGUGUGUGUAGUAGUGGAAUGGGCGGGGGGGGGGGGAGCUUAUUUUUGUAAAAACUAAUUGGAGCCUCUUGAGAAGUUGUUACUCAUUGAACCUGAGCAUCAGAACAUCUCGCUGGAGUUUUCAUCUCCCCAGACCAGGAGUCUGGGUGUCCCUUUGCUACCGGGAUGUUUAUGUAGGGUAAGGGUGAGAAAUCAGAACAGGACUGCAGCAACUGCUCAGACUUACCUUCCUGCAAAGAUGGAGAAUCUGCAAGCCUCCCAGGGAAUUCCACAGGAAAUGCUGGGAGCCAAACACAAACCCUCGGAAACACAGUUUUUAAACGCAGAUGGUGCUGCUGGAGUCUUCAGCUACCCUCGUGUGACCUCCCAACUCCUGCCCCUGAUGGCAGUACCUCUCCUCACUCUGGUCCUUGAUCCAAAUGAGGCAACAAAGCACAACAUUUGCUGUUUACAGCCAAGGACAACUACAUGGGUCCAGAAGGUUCCUCUUCUUCCGGGUCAUUCGUUUUGCAUUUUUGACUGAAAUUUCUCCCUUCACUUUUUUUUUUUUUUAAUAACGAAGCACAGUAAGAGCUGCCCCGGAAUUGGAUCAGGGUGCGGUUGAAAAAGCACCCAGAUAUCCGUGACUAAAUUUUAUUUAUCUUUUUGAUAGCAAAUGAUCUCAGAGAUUGAAUGAUUUAGGUAGUGCUCAACAAUUUUGUAUUCCAUGUUUGUGAAGAUAAAUUUUGGUUUCCCUUGAACCUGGGUGAGAACCCUUCUACAGUGAACGCUGAUACUGUGUGUAGAAAUUCCACUUGUGGUGACAUUUCUUGGCCAUUCUCAUUCCGUCUGUGCUGGCAGUGGACUGUGUCCCCCUCCUGGAGUGAGUCCAGCUCCUGGUGUGUUGAAGUCUUAUAGAGUCGGUGGUUAGGAGUAAACUGGGAGCAGAUCUGUGCAUGUUUUUCCUCUGCAACAUUUGGCUCACACCUCUUUUUUUGUUCUCUUUUCAUAGGGUCCCAUUUCCUAUGUGUGCAAAAUAAAAAAAUGAAUUUGG